GAGAAGAUAGAUUAGUGGUACAUGUUAAUGCCGUAUAGGAAAUGAUGAUAGGCUGAAGAAUCUUCAUCUCCUACACUGAAUCUGGCACGCGCCCUCCACACUCCUUAUUACCCUUCUCUCUCCUUACUUUCCCAUUCAUUUUUCCAGUUAUACCCAAUCCUUUCUAAGAUUUUCAAUUGUCCUCUGUCUCUAGAUGUUGGGUGGUGUAGCUUCUGUUGCCAUAUUCACCAAUCAUUCUGCAUUGUCAAAUAAUGGAUUUCAAGUUGCUUCAUUCUUGGUUGUUAGCUCUUCCAACCUUUCCAGGAAGUACUCAAUUCCACAACCUUUUUUCAAAAUUCCUGGCUUUAGGGAACAUAUUGCCCAUUAUGUAGCCAGUAAUAAUGGAAACCUUGCCAGAAAGAACAUUGUCUUUGCUAUUCCAAAUGAAAAGGAUGAUGCUGAAAAAGAAGGCUCAGAUUACUAUAUUGAUUAUCCGGUCAUCGUCGGUCAGAAAGAAGAUGGGAGUUCUUGUGCACCAGAGAUGGAAACAACUUUUUCCUUGUUGCCAUGUGGUGAAGGUAUACUUAGAAGUUAUGAGAUCAAUGGUAAAGAAGACGGCCUACUUGCUAAGCUGAUGGCGGUUCAUUUGCAUGUACUGGCAAUGGAACAAUGGAACGCUUCCAAACUUAAAAUGUCCCACAAAAAAUACUUGGUCAGUGCGACAAACCUGAUUCAUUAUUUGGCCUUGAAAAGCGUCAACAUAGAGCAGCUUAAAGAAGAACUUUCUUCCAUUUGUUUCCUGAAUUUAGACACAAUAAAUCAACAUGUUCUAGCAAGUCUUUCUGCAGGCAUCCGGCUGUUAGAUAAUGUAAAAUAUGAUUCUUCAAGUCAUAGUAUCUCUUAUAGUGAAGGAAUCUCUUCAACAAAAAGUCUGGACAAACAAAUGAAGGGGGAAUUUUCUAUCAAUACACUAAGGAGGAGGGCAUCCCAUACUGCGGACCUGUUAUUGGGCAGAUUGCCAGAGAAGAGAAACACUCAUAUCAUGGUAACAGUGGGUGAAGAAGCUAUAGAAAGUGAAACAUUAAUAAAAGAUCUUCUAAAUGCUGGAACUACCAUUGUUCGUAUCAAUUGUGCUCAUGGAAGCCCUGAAACUUGGAGUGAGAUUAUCAGAAAGGUGAAAAGAAGCUCUCAAAUUCUGGAAAAGCCUUGUCGAAUUCUCAUGGACUUAGCUGGGCCCAAGCUUCGAACUGGAAAACUGCAGCCUGGUCCAUGUGUGUUGAAAAUAUCUCCCAAGAAGAAUGCUUAUGGGCAAGUGAUAUACCCUGCCCUAGUUUGGCUCUCAAGCCCAGGAGCUGGUUCUCCACCUGCCCAUGUAUCCCCUGAUGCCAUUCUACAUGUGGAUGGUGAAGAACUUCUUAGUAAGCUCGAGGUUGAUGAUGUUGUGACAUUAUUAGAUGCUCGUGGAAAACAAAGGACACUUAAGAUCAUAAGCAGGCAUCCUAUUUUCUCAGGCGUCGGAUAUAUGGCUGAGUGCAGUAAGGCUGCUUAUGUCAAGUCAGGUGCAAAAUUAUAUAUCAAGGACAAGAGAAGGAAAUCAUCAGCUGGACAUGUAGUAGAUAUUCCUCCUCUCAAGCAGUUUAUCAAAUUAAGGGUUGAUGACUUGCUGAGUAUAUCACGAGAUGGUCAAAAUGAAGAAAACAAUUUGACUUCUUCCACUGGUGUGCACAGGAUAGCCUGCUCAUCUGAAUAUGUUUUUGAUUCAGUGAAGCCUGGGGAACCUAUUGCUUUUGAUGAUGGGAAGAUAUGGGGUAUCAUUAAAGCAACUAGCACUUCGGAAAUUCUUGUGUCAAUCACCCAUGCAGGUCCUAGGGGUAGUAAACUUGGAUCAGAGAAGUCCAUAAAUAUUCCGCGGAGCAAUAUUCGGUAUGAAGGCCUCACUUCAAAAGACCUUAUAGAUCUUGACUUUGUGGCCAACCAUGCAGACAUAGUGGGUGUAUCAUUUGUCCGAGAUGUCCGUGACAUUCUACUGUUGCGCCAAGAACUUGAGAAGCGGAAAAGAAGGGACUUGGGGAUUUCUUUAAAGAUCGAGACGAAAGAAGGAUUUGAGAAAUUGCCGCUCUUACUACUGGAGGCAAUGAAAAUGCCAAAUCCUUUAGGCAUUAUGAUUGCCAGAGGAGAUCUUGCUGUAGAGUGUGGAUGGGAAAAUAUGGCAUAUAUCCAGAAGGAGAUAAUCUCUGUCUGUGCAGCUGCUCAUGUUCCUGUCAUUUGGGCAACACAGGUCCUGGAGUCGCUCGUCAGGUCUGGAGUGCCUACUAGAGCUGAGCUUACUGAUGUGGCAGAAGGAAUGAGGACAAAUUGUAUCAUGUUGAACAAGGGUAAAUGCAUUGUGGAAGCUGUAUCUUUCUUACACAGAAUAUUGAGCAAUCACUCCACGAAGUCAAAUGCAGAAUUUAAGCCUCUUGCUUUAUCCAGCCACGACUUUUAGUUGGUUCGACCGUAUGAGCAGCUGCUUAUAUGUUUACCCUACUCGUGUACAUAUUCUGCUUCACCAUGACCGUUUCUUCUGCUAUGUACAUACAUCAAUGUUCAGUGAAUCAACUAGUAUUUCGCAACUGUAUCGUUUUAACAGUAGAAGAACAAUAUGAGACCAUGGUUCACAUCUUAGAAGAGAAUAAGAUUCUAGGUGAUCUCUUCCUAUCA